AGCAUGAUAGUCACGGCAUACAAUUGCUAUGUUUUGGAAACUGUAAAUAAUACCUUUUGUUUUUAUUGGAAGAAUUAAUUAAAGAGCGCAAUACUCCAGGCGAUUUAAUCAGGACAUCCGAAUACAUCAUAACGACAACUCACUGUCUUAUCGGCAUCAACAGCCCAUUAUAUUGUCUUUACACUUGCAUAGCCAAAAAGUCAUUCAAUCUCUUUGCGAAACCACUAAGCUACCAUGACUCAGAAGACCUACCCUACGGCCCUCACAACGACCGUUGAGAACCCUCGGUUGAGGUUUCUCAAUAAGAUCAAGGCUGGGGAGUUUCCACUGAUGACCUUUGUUGCAAUCCCCAGUGUGCGCCAAGCUCAGAUCGUUGCUUUGACCGGCCUGGACGGCAUCAUCCUUGACUGUGAGCACGGCCAUAUUGGAGAUGACUCGAUGCACAACUCAGUGGCGGCUAUUUCAGCCCUUGGGGUGUCGCCUAUCAUCCGUAUUCGCGGACCUGCUCACGAUAUCAUCAAGCGAGCACUUGACACCGGUGCACAUGGUAUCAUGGUUCCUCAAAUCAACAAUGCAGACGAGGCAAGGCAAAUCGUUGCUUCUUCCAAGUUCCCGCCUCAGGGCGUUCGAGGCCAGGGCUCUGCAUUCCCUGCUAUUGGCCACGGUCUGACAACACCUGAGUACAUGAAGUCUGCCAACGAGACCAUCAUCACCAUGAUUCAAAUAGAGACUCGCGCUGGUGUCGAGAACGUCGAUGAAAUUGCUGCCACUCCCGGCGUGGACAUGCUGUUCAUUGGCCCCAAUGAUCUUGCUCAGUCACUACUGGGAUAUGUGCCUGCGCGAGGUGACGAGCCUGAAUUUACUGCUGCCAUUGAUAAGAUCAUUAAUGCAGGCCGGCGACAUGGCAAGUGGGUUGGCCGUAUGGUGAACAAUGGCUUGGCAGCAAAGGAGGAGAGGUCGCGUUAUGACACUGUAGCUAUUACAGGAGACACAAAGGCAAUUCAGAACUGGUAUAUAGCUGAGUUUGAUAUUGCUCGGUCUUGA